AUGCGAUUGCGACAUUGUGCUCAUUAUUUUCCCGACAGGUCGAUAGAUAGUGAGUUAAUUUUUCCGGGCCGGUAAAAAGCUGAAUAUCUUUUUUACGAAUUCAAAAAUUCCGGUCUUAAUCUGGCCCAAUGCCCAUCAAAAUCCAAUGGUUUUACUUGUGGUAACACUUUGUCGCUUAUUUCGCGUAUUUUAGCCAAAAAAUUAAUUUUAAAUUUUUCAAUAUAAAAAAUGAUAUUUUAAGAAAUGUCCCCUAACAAAACGAACGUUCUCGACCACGAUGACAUUGCCGAAGCCAAGAGAAAGAGCCGCGGAUGGGAUUCGGAGCUGAAGCUGGGGAAUUGCAUCCUCAGCUCCAGCGAGGAGGCGAGACGCCGAAUCAGAGCCUGCGGCGAUGAUUGGGAGCCCAGAACGUUGAGCGAAAUCUACGAAAAGGGACACGACUGUAAGCGAAAAUAACGGCGCUAGGACUUUUCGGCUGAGCGACAGUUCGGGUCAACGAUACUAUAGACCCUAUUCGGAAAUGAGGUUUUUAUUCUCAUUGAAUUUUUUCAGUAUCCGGUCCAGUGGUUCGGAUUCUGGCCGAUGGAAUCUACGAUUUCUUCCAUUGGGGCCAUGCCAAUCAGUUCAGCCAGAUCAAACAGUUGAUCCCGAAUUCGUACUUGAUUGUGGGAGGUGAGGCUUUCGAGAGUUGAGAAUGACAGCAGUUCGUCUGUCGGGAGCAUUGAAUACGUUGUUUUUCAGUUUGCCGCGACGAAGACACCCGCAACAACAAGCGUCAGACCGUCUUCACCGAAGAGGAGCGAGUGCUGACCGUGAUGAAUUGCCGAUACGUCGACGAGGUUUACAAGGGCUUCCCGUAUUCGAGCAGCUUUGAGAUUAUGAGAGAAUUGAGGGUAAGACGGACACUUUUUUGUCAUCAAAUGUACAGUGUCAGUCUGUCGGGAAAAUAAUAUGGAUUUGCCGCGCAUUGGCAUGGUCUGUCAUCGCUUUGCGAGGGCUCGCCGAAGCUGCAGAUUUCUGCAACUAGGAUAGACAUUUUGCGGCGAAAAAUCCACAUUAUUUUCCAGACAGACUUAUAUAUACACUACUUUAUAUCUAUCUGUCGGGAAAAUAAUGAGCACAAUGUCGCUGCGCCGAUCGCGUCGCUGAAGUAAAAAAAUUUGAUUUUGCCGCGACACAAUUCAUUUUCUCAGCGGCGAUACGAUUUUUUUGCUGCGACAAUGUGCUCAUUAUUUUCCCGACAAACUGACACUCUCCCUGUCAGCUAAUCUCAAACAACUUCUCAAGGUAGACCUAAUGGCUCACGACUGCAUUCCCUACGGAAUUGGCCAACAAACUUCCGAUUGUUACGCCCCAUUCAAGGCGGCCGACCGAUUCUUGGAGACUCAGAGGUAUCCCGGUGUCUCAACGACCGACUUGAUCAACCGGAUCAUCGAGCGAUAUGACCAGUACAAGCAAGGGAAAAGAUCGAGCGCUUGA